CUGCGUCACUUCCGGAUCCACUAGGACAGAUGAGAGUUCGGAGGAAAAAAAUUGGCUGUCAUGAAAUCUAGCGAGCUAACUAGCUAACCUCAGAUGACAGACAAUUGUCAAUUUAGAUAAGCUAGUUAGAAUACCGAUGUCAAGGUUCAAGAAGGAUUUUCGAAGUUUAGUGCUGCUUCUUUGUAUAGAUAGGAAUAUAGUCCCUGGUCAGCAAUUCCGUUGUAAAUUGCCAGCUGAGUGAACAGAGCAGGUGUUGUUGGCACCUCUGUGUGCCAUCCUCUAUUCACAGCCCCUGGGCUACGCGAAUCUAGAAGAUGAACGGUUUAUCAAUCCGAGAGUUAUGUGGCCUGUUCUGCUGCCCUCCCUGCCCUAGCCGCAUCGCAGCCAAGCUGGCCUUCCUCCCUCCAGAGCCCACCUAUGCCCUGCUCCCAGACCCAGACACGAGUGCCGUAGCUGGGGCUGGCACCGGUACCGGCACCGGGGCGACAGGCGGUGGGGGGGCUCAGCCAUCCCUGGGAGCCCCAGGACUACGUUCCCGGUUGGGUGGGGGCAGUGUAGGGGACAAGGGUGGCGGGGGAGGAGGAGUAGCAGGUAGCGGUGGGAGUGGAGCCUCAGAGGGCAGGUGGAAGCUGCACUUGACGGAGAGGGCCGAGUUCCAGUACUCCCAGAGAGAGCUGGAUGUGACGGACGUGUUCCUGACCAGGUCCAGCCGGGGGAACAGGGUGGGCUGCAUGUACAUUCGCUGUGCCCCCAACGCCAGGUUCACAGUGCUGUUCUCCCAUGGUAAUGCUGUAGACCUGGGCCAGAUGAGCAGCUUCUACAUCGGCCUGGGGACCAGGAUCAACUGUAACAUCUUCUCCUACGACUACUCUGGCUAUGGCGUCAGCACCGGCAAGCCCUCAGAGAAGAACCUCUACGCUGACAUAGAUGCUGCCUGGCAUGCCCUGCGCUCACGGUAUGGCAUCAGCCCUGAGAACAUAAUCCUGUAUGGGCAGAGUAUUGGCACGGUGCCCACGGUGGACCUAGCGUCCAGGUUUGAGUGUGCUGCCGUGGUCCUCCACUCCCCUCUCACCUCUGGCAUGAGGGUGGCCUUCCCUGACACCAAGAAGACCUACUGCUUUGAUGCCUUUCCCAACAUAGAGAAGGUGUCUAAGAUCCCCUCCCCAGUGCUCAUCAUCCACGGUACGGAGGACGAGGUCAUCGAUUUCUCUCACGGCCUGGCUCUGUUCGAGCGCUGCCCCAAGGCUGUGGAGCCCCUGUGGGUGGAGGGGGCUGGCCACAACGAUAUCGAGCUCUAUAGCCAAUACCUGGAGAGGCUACGACGCUUCAUCAACCAAGACCUGGCAGCACAGCACACCUGAGGCAAAAGGAGAAUGUGUGUGUGCUUGUGUGCGUGUGUGUUUGUGUGAGAGUGUUGUCCGUAUCCCCAAUGGACUACUGCUUGUCUGUGUGUGUCUGGUGUGAAUCUUUCAAAUGACAGAACUCCUGAUAUAUACACUCACCAGGUGAUGUGUUGAUGAGUACACAUGGAGACUAAUUGGAAUGGGAAAUGAAUGUUUACGCUCGCGUGUGUGUGAGUUUCUGCGCCGGUUGUGUAUGGUCGAGUGUGUAUGUAGUCACGGCCAUACUGAGUGGCUUUCAGGAUGUUUCAGACCUCACUGACAGUCCCUCCAGCACUCUACUCCUGUCUCCGCGUGGUGUGGUGGUCCUUCUCCUGGCCUCACCCCCCCAGGGAGAUGGGCUUCAUUAGGACUGGGAAUGGACUCUCCACCUCUGUCUGUAGACCGAGACUCUGUGUGUCCCCCCCUGUCCCUUCUCACAGUCCACCCCCCUCACGGAAAAGAUCACAGAAUGGCCUGACUUCCCUUUUUGUUUUCCAGUUCCUUACAGUGCAGGUACCUCCUAUACGGGUCCCAGAUGUGAUAGGACUAGGUGGGAUGGAGAUAUGGUCAUAACCCCUAACUAGUCCUUCAGGAUGUGGGAAUACCUAAUAGGCGAAAUGCCUGUGACCUGAAAUAGAACUGUAUCUGUUUGUGGUUCUUUCUAAGGCUCGGUAUUAAAAAACCAUUCAAGGUUACAUUUUGACCUACUGGUCAAAGCCUUAGAGACUUUUCCCCUUUUUGUUAGGAAACUUUAAACACUUCCUGCGAUUUCUCAAUGUAUGUUUCUAAGGUGGAGGAGGUCUUGUUAGGUGAAUAUUGUGUAUCUCUGGGUGAUCAGUGCUUUAGAGGACCGAGUGCUUACCUGGAGAUCUGGACGUGACUGUUGUCAGUCAGAUUCACACGUUCAAACUGUCUAUUCCACCUUCCAUCUGAUUGGUGUGCUGGUUUAAUUUGGAGGUUUGAGUUACGUUGAUCAUCUGUUCCUGAGAUGGUCUGCUGCUUCACACGUAAUGGUGAAGAGAUGGUGUGUGCUGACAAAAACAAUUCAGUUUCACAAGCUAACGCAACAAAAACACUUUAUGGGAUAUAUACUGAACUCACAUUCUUCUUUAGAUAAGUUUCUCUUGUUGUUUUCACGAGGCAUUUGGAACACGUAGGUGUUUGGAUACAGUGGUGGCAUUGUUGGUUCAAACAGAUUAUGGCGGGGUCUUUCUCAGCCUAGUGUAGGGUCUGACCUCGGGCCCGCUGUGCAGGAACUCUUCUCGGGUGGUUCAGAGCGCUCCAUGUCUGACCCAAGCCAUACAUGAGCCUCUCACUGUUGAUGUGGUGCAGGUUCCACCACAGAAUAACACGGUCACAUGCGCGUUCACACGCGCGUACACACGCACACGCACACACACACACACGCACACACGCUCUCACAUUGUACACAUACGUAUAUAUACAGAUCAAGCAUGAUAAGCAGGUCUUAAGUUCAGCACUAUUGUACAAAGCAUCCAAAGUGUAGUUAGGGUAUACUAUGUAAGUUUGUGCGUCUACUUUAAUGUUACUGGCUGACUGACCUGCCCCUUUUAAAGAGGUCAGCGAAAAGAACACUAGUGUCUGGCCCCUAACCAGAUCCCCUUUGCGUAGAUCUUGGAAGGUAAGGUUGAUACAGUAUCACUUAUAUCUAUCCAGUCCUUUUGAGAUCCAUCCAAAGAGCUUAAGGUUAGGGGCAAGGCCUAGUACCUGAGCAUCCACCUGUCUGUCUCCCCCCUGCCUGAGCCAGUAACUGGACCUGUUCUUUGUGCGACAGGGACGUUCCGUGACUGUUCUGGUGCAGGUUAAGGUCACUACUUAGCUGUCUUCCCUGGGUGAGAGGGAGAGCCGGGAACAUCCCCUCGAACUGGCUGCUCUCCACAAUCCUUCUGAACAGGGAGCUAUUCCAUUCUCAUCACAUGCUGUCUCCCACAUCAUGGAAAUCAUUUACCUUGGCACGCUCUGGUGCAAAGCUCUCUUUAUAGAGAAUCGUGGGUUCUAAGCUCUCUGAACAAAGGUUCUGAGGUUCUAAGCUCCUUAAAGACCAACAGCUGGUACAAGAGACUAGAAGCCCCCCCCCCCCCCCCCCCUCAAGCCCCACUCUGUGGUCACUGCAAGAACUAAGGCUCAGAGCUGGUCUUGGUGACGUGGAAGGGUUUUGAGAACAGCAGCUUCUUAACUGUAGGGAAAAUGGCAUCUUCAGUGGAUUUGUAGUGGAAGGAAGGCUUUGUCUGGAGUGCAGCUCUAUGGAGCUAGGUAAAGGAUAUAAUGUGUAUGAAUAUAGAAUUGUGUCCUAUAACUAUGAACAAGUAAGGGUUUGGACACUGACAACUGUAUGCAUGUCCAUUGUUUGUGUUUUGUGGGCAAGGUUUGGGGGGGGUAGGUAAUGUAGUGUGUAUGAUCAAGUCAGAGGGCAAUAAACUCAAGACAUUGAACAGUUUAGUGCUUUUUAAACCAGGGGUGUCAAUUAAUCUUUUUUUAAUUAUUACUGAAGUAACUAAUGUAUUGUUUUGAGUUUUGUGCUAGACCGGGUGGGGGUAAUGCUGGGAUGGGGGUAUAGAAAAUGGGUGGGUGGUUUCUAUGGUUACUGUACUUAACUAUCUAUUCUUUGUUUGUAUUAUGAUUUGUCAAUCUAUGUUUCCUUUUUUGAACUGAAAAUAUUAUGUAAUGAAAUUAAUUCAUGG